GAUCCAUGUACAGCAAGCAAGCUAAAACGACAACGUUUCAACCACCUCUUUCCCACGAGCAUACGAAAUUCGGAUUCCGAGUUCCGUUCAACAUUGCAGUCACAAUUCACAGGUCAAGUGGUCUGCAGUUUGCACAGAGAAAAGAAAAAGUAAAACAAAGCCCUCUGAUUUCUCUUCAACAUGGCAGAUUACAACGAUGCCUUAAUGCGCAACCAAAACGCCGCCGUUCAGGCCCGCGUUAAACCCCCUCAGAACCGCGCCAAUAUUCAACAGCUCAAGCUGAUUGGGCAAAGUCAUCCUACUGGUUUAACAGCCAAUCUUUUGAAGCUCUUUGAAGCUCGACCUCCAUUGGAGUUUAAACCGCUUCCUGAGAAGCGAAAAUGCCCUCCGUACACAGGAAUGGCACAGCUUGUUAGUCACUUUGCUGAGCCGGGAGAUGCUGAGUAUGCCCCUCCUGUUCAGAAAGCCGAAACACCUGCACAAAGAAGAGCAAGAAUCCAUAAGUUACAACUACAGAAGGGUGUGGAGAAGGCAGCUGAGGAGUUGAAAAACUAUGAUCCAAAUAACGACCCAAACAUUUCAGGUGAUCCAUACAAGACACUCUUUGUUGCUAGACUUAAUUACGAGACGUCUGAGAGUAGAAUUAAAAGGGAAUUUGAGUCUUAUGGACAGAUUAAGCGGGUUCGGUUGAUUACUGAUAAAUCCACAAAUAAACCAAGAGGCUAUGCUUUCAUCGAAUACAUGCAUACUUGGGAUAUGAAAGCUGCUUAUAAACAAGCUGAUGGGAGGAAGAUUGAUGGCAGAAGGGUUCUUGUGGAUGUUGAGCGUGGUAGGACAGUACCAAAUUGGCGCCCAUGUAGACUAGGUGGUGGACUUGGAACAACCAGGGUUGAAGGUGAAGAUGUUAUCCAAAGGGAGCUACUGCAAUCAGGACCAUCUUGUUCUAAGGAGCCAAGGAUUCGAGAGGAUCGACAUGGUGACCGGGACAGGGAAAAAUCUCAUGAAAGAGGAAGGGAAAGGGAGAGGGAGCGAGAAAAACCUCGUGAGCGCUCCCGUGACAGAACAAGGGAUCGUGAUAGAGAGGAAAGACACCACAGAGAUCGUGAAAGAACUAGAGACAGAGAUAGGGACAGAGAGAGAGACCAUGGUCAUGAUCGUGAUCAAGCACAUGAUCGAGGUCGGGAUCGUGGUUGUGACUAUGAGCGUGAUAGAGAAAGAGAUCGUGAAAGGGACAGAGACAGAGACAGAGAUAGGGAUUAUGAUGUUGGUGACUAUGACCGUGACGGUAGGCAUUCUAGGGAUGGGGAAUCUGAUUAUGACCGUGUUGAGUCCAAACAUGAGCGGGACCGGCGCAGUGAGAGGGAUUAUGAUCAUGGUGAGCCAGAUGAGGAUCGGGGGUGGUAUGAACACCAUGACCAGGGGCAUAGGCGUUCAGAUGACCAAUACUAUGAACACUAUGAGCAUGAUCGAGGUCGAGGAGAAUAUGAUUUGGAUUCCUGCGGUGAUCGUUAUGAUCAAUAUACUGACCGUGACCGUGAUCAUUAUGAUGGGAUGGAAGAAGAUGAUUAUAGGUGACUAUGAUCAUAAGACAGAAAUCAGUGAGUUCACUUUUCUUGAAUAUGAGCUGCUUCUCUCCCAUUGCACCUUGUUUAGUUUAGAUCCCAAGUAAACUGUCUUCAGUAUUCCUUCUCUCUGAUAUGUUUAAUUCCGAGUUCAGGAGUGUUUGCGUUGGAGUUGGAACCCUGCUACCACGAGCUUGUUUUUAUUUUUAUUUUCUUUAAAUUUUUCUGAAGACUUGUUAUAUUGUUUUAAGCUAUAUGCUACUGACCUGUUGUGUUUGCUCCCAUUUUGUUUAGGAUGCUUGAAAUGGGUAAUUAAUGUUAUUAUAUUAUUGUGGUUCUAUGGUCAUUCUUUGAUUUAAAGCUAGCUUUUUCCUGACACUAUCCAUACAUGAUUGAAGUUAUUAGCUUAUUUCUGGUGCUGCGUAAGCCUAAAGAUUUUACCAGGUUACCAUUGUUAGUUGCUUAUAUACAGCUUAUGUUUAGCGGUGAAGUCCGCGCAUAUUCUGUGAAUUUUAUCAAUUUAAACGACAAUAACAUGUCUUCUUUCCAUUUACUUUUCCUUUUUAAAAAUGCUAUUAAUUCUGGUGAGAUUAUGAAAUUUUAGAUCAACGGAAGCCUAAUAGCCAUUUGGUGGAUGCUUAAAGUACAAUCAUAUAGUCUGGACGAGCUAAACACGCAAAAAUAUCUGUGGCUUGUUAUCAUAAUCAAACUUCCAUAAAGCUAUCUAUCUCCAUGGAACAACACAAAUCUAACAGUAAUCCGUCUACAAAUAAAAUCAGACAAAUUAUCAAAUCCCGUUAGACCCAAAUCCUCCAGUUCCUAUGAAAGUAGAAUCCAAGUCCUUGACUUCCAAAUCUCAGGAGUUACAAUCUUUUGAAGCAUAAACUAGGAAAUCCGAUCGCCGUGCUUCCCUUGGAAAUCAGCAUCAAAAUGAUUAAACGGAAUCAUCCCAAUUCCCAAUUCCCAACACUCAUCACCUCACCCCAGCUCCAACAUCGAUCGAAUUCUUCAAAGCAAACCCAGAACUUGAAAAAAGGUUAUAUAAUUUACCUAUACGAGCACAUGUUCCUCCUUGUAUCCCAUUGCUUAAAUCAGUUGGGACCAAAGCUUUCCCUCUCGCAGCUUGGUAAAGAAUUUUGUGAAAAUAAAAUGAUGUUUAAAUACUAGUAUUACCUCGGAGAGGCUCUUGAAGGCAACACGGCAUUCUCCGAAAGCUUCUUGAUUCUGAAAUGGCUUUGAGGGACUUAAAAGACGCCGCCGUUUUUGCUUCGGUCGAGCCUCGUAAGACUCUCCAAAAGGUUCUUCUGUCAGGACAUAAUGAGAGCUUGCAGAACAUGUUCGGUAGAGUUUAGCCCGAGUUGAGAUUUAAGAAUUUGGUUUAUACAAUUGUUAAAUAAAUUGCCCACGGUUGAGACUUGAGCCAAAAGUUUUUGAAACUUUGGGCUUUUCAAUGGACUACUACCUUACCAAAUAUUGGACUUCUUGAUGAUAUGAUUUUGGGUUCAGGGGACCCACUUUGAGUGUUAAUUGGGCUUGUUUUGGUACUUUUUGGGCCCUAUAUCAGGCUCAGGAAUUAGUGUUUGAGUAGCCCUUAUUUUUGUCACGUACCAAUAAAACAUUAUAGUUUUAAGUAGUUGAGAUUUCUCAAACUCAACUUGAUAUAGAUAACAAACCAGAAAAAAACUUGAUAUGUAAAAAAAUUCUAUCAAAAUAUUAAUGAAACAAAACAAAAAAAAAACUUUGGAUUCGAAAUUCAUGUCUUUAACUGUUUUUACAACAUGUAACAUCCAUUUUUGUUCUAUAUUUCAACUUUGUCGGUCGCUUUUAG